UUUUUGUUUGUUGACUUUGUUGUGGGAUGAUUAAAAAUUAAACAAAUAAACGUUUCUGUGUAUUUUUGUACUUUUAUGCAAUAAAUCUUCAAAGUGAAAGUUCGACAAUACCCGUGAAUACUGCCAGAAAAUAAUUUCGAAUGCAGUUGUUGCGUAAUGAUGCUACGGUAUGUAUCAAUAAUAUUACCUAUAUAAUUUUUAUUUCUACUAUUUAUCGCGUUAUCUUAAUUUGAAAUCGUAGAAGAUGGUUUAAUAUUCAUAUGUAUAAUUUUGUUUGUUUAUAUUUACAAAACAAUAAGAAUACUAAGUUCAGUUUGUUAUGUUAAAUUAUCAAAUGAAUGUGUCAAUGCACAUUAUGACGUGUAAUACAUAAAUAGAAUCCCGUUCGGGCACAGCAGAACGUUUAUUCCACAUUCGUCGUCCCUAAAUCAUACUCACCUCUGGAUCAAACAAAUCUCGAGUUACUGGUUACAGCGACGACUCACUUUGCAUGCGGUAGCGGGCGACCAUGUCUGUACGGUCGCGGUCGUGCCGCACGCCUGCAUAAUGCGCGCAGUAGACACGCUCGCGACCUAUUUUUUUGCUGUACCUGUCUCGGAUGAUUUUUGAAUUGAACUUGUCUUCAUUUCAUUGUCAACAGUAUUUUAUUAUAAGCGUUUGAAAGUAAUAAUACAUUAUUGUACUAAGUCAACGCUAUUGUGAAUGGACCUUAUUAUGUUAUCUAUCCUAAUACCUAUUGUUACGGCCUACGGCUGCUCUCUUAAAGGAUCAGACCUUCAGGGGCUCAUGAGCUGAAGACCUCUCGAGCAGACGUAGGUCGGGCCUCCUAAGGCCACGUGGAAUCUCUCUAAUUACACUAAAAUAUAUGGGGGAGCGUUAUACUACGGCCAGUCGACCGGAAGGAAUUUGGCGGAGUUCACUUACCUCGAUCCAAGACGACUGGUCCCUCCGGAGUCGGUCAGGUCGCAUGUAGUUGUGUAGUGCAAGGGAAAGAAUGGUGAUGUGGUGUGUAUCUGGGUGUGACUGAUGGUGAUUAAACCUGGACCUUAGCCGUCGGCAGCAGCCCGAGCGUCGACACCGCUCCAAUUUGAGGGGGCCUUUCGAGGUUAUCCACAGUCACUUUCUUGGUUCACCACGAUGACAGUCACUUAACUCUAUCGUACGAUUAACUAGCUUACAGAAGCCACUAACUAUCGCGGGGUAUUAGGUUACCGCACAAAACACGCCCGGAGUUUCCAGGCCAAAGGUCACCACCGUUCCGCGUGGCAACAGUUCCAAAUACCGAGGCCGCACCAGCUCACAUUGUCGAAUGCACCCAUACAGAUUCCGAGUCGGACCCAAUAAGUCCCGGGAAAGGCUAUCCAAACAGGGAAUGCGCGUCACAAUUCCCAGACAGGACAUUCACCAGACGCCCCAACCACUCCGCGGUUCCCGCACAAAAUUAACAGCGUGCAAACAUUAGCACAUCUGGCAGAUGACUGACUCGCUUGCGACCCGCGCGCCACUGCCACGAUCGGAAGAACUUCAAACCGGAAUCGCGCCGAGCCGAGUGACAUCUGGUGUCGAUUCCGACAACAGAGUUUUGCGCGAACAAACCCCCGUCCCGGACAUAAGGAUUUAGGUCCGCGAGCAAACCGGUCAGCGGGACAAGGUCGAGACUGCAAGUUGCAAGACCGAAUCUACAACCAAACUAGGCCACCUUAGGCAAUCCAUUAGGUCUUGCAACCCUAAUCAACGCCUCAAAGAUAUCCCUAAUGUGGCAAGCCGGAGGGUCAGCCUCCACUGGAUGCCCCUCCUGGGCAUCGCAGCACUUUAAUAAGUCCUGUACUGGACAGAAGUCCGACGACCUCUUUCAAACACCUAUCUGUGCCCCUAUGAUUAGUUCCGCAAUCCGACCGGAUCAGCUCUGCAAACAGCGACGCUACACGAAGUUGCCCCGACAAAUUUUGUGUCAGCAGUUGCUUCAGUGCAGAGCGCACCCACAAAUUCCACAUGAACGUCGUCUGUGGAGAGCCAAACGAAACGCACAGAUAGUCCCUAGUAUGAAUUUUCAACAAGUAGGCCUAGCCAGGCCACCCACCAUAGUAUCAUUUACUAAAAUAGUGCGGCAGCUGAUUUCAAUCUGAUAAUCUCCAAAACUAGCUAGCCUGUUAGGCAAGUAGUCCCAUGCUCAUAUUUCAACUAAUUUUUCAAAAGCAUCAAUGUUCAACUACAGAAUUAAUUCAACCAAAUUAAUCACCGAUGCGCAUAGGUCAACUUGCAAAUUAAACAAAACAAUAACGUAAGGGACAGCCCUACUUCUUCGCAAAGCAAAAUGGUUAAACACUAUCAUAAACAUAAACAUAAUUUAUCAAAUAGUGCGCCAUUCAAUUUCAGAUGAAUUCAAAUUUUCCUUUCAGUAAACAGACGCAACAAUCAAAUACAGUGAUUAAAUAUAUGUACAAAACACAUGCAGUAGCAUUUAAAGGAGUAGAUUAAAUUUAAUUCUUUUAAUUUAAACCGCUACAAAUAGGAAAAUUUCGCGGAAAGCCCAAAGCAAUUUUUAAUUUUAAUUCAAGUAUUUUUUUUGACUAAGUGCUCGACCAAACCAAAUCUAAUACCCCUUGACAGCGUGAUUCAACGCUCCAGGGGGGCCCUAAUCUUCCCACCACCAAGGGGAGGCCACAUGGCGUGAACCCGAGAUAAAUAGAGCACAACCUCUAACAGUUGCCACUCGGGUUGUACGCCUUCACUGAGGCCGUCGGCAACAGAACAUUUUGACAAGUGGACUGUUGACGGCUUAAGGCUCAGUGGAGGCAGCCGUGGUGGGAGCUAAGGCGGCAGCUAGACAGGGCCGCCUCCAUCAAAUGGGGAACAGUGGUACACCAGUCGCGGCCACUCAGCUAACGGGAGUGAGAAGGGUCCAGCGGACCGAUAAGUGGCCGUGAAGUUCCUCUCCACACGCUGAGGGGGGGUGAUGACACCCCCGCCCCUGGGGGAAUUACCCCCCGACUGGUCGGGGGAGGGGCCCCUUUCAAACUUAGGGGCCUGAUGGCUGGCCGGCGGGCGCCGAGAGUCGCCCGGCAGAGGGCGUGGCUGAGCGCCCCCGCCCGUGGGGGUCGAGGGCCUGGCAGAGCCCCGAGAGGAGACGCCGUUCGCACCCAGGCACAAAACGGCAUGGUGAUUGCCCUGGCAAUGCAGACAGGGCCGUCGAUACGGACAGUCUCGCUGGAGAUGCACUCCAAGACAUGACCAGCACCAGCGGCGCUCCUUGGCGAUAGUUCGCCUCGCAGGAACCGGCUUACCUAAUAAUUUCGGGCACAACGUUACCCGGUGAUCAGAUGCUCGACAAUAGGAGCAGGGGGAGGUUGACGACGACUUGCCUGGCGGGUUCAGCCUCUCACUGGGCACGUCUCGUAAGUCGUCAACGGUGCCCGCCGCGUUCUCGAUCUGCCGGCACUGCUCCUCUAAAAACCGCAGCAGGUCAUAGAAGGGCGGAAUAUAGGAGGCCUCGUCCCCGCCGCACCUCUCCUCAAAAUGGAUUCGAAGGUCGAGAGGUAGACGGGACAGCACUAUGCGGAGCAACAAAAAGGCCCAUUCGCCCACUGGUAAACCCAGCCGCCUCAACGUAUUACAGGCCACCAAGACUGGAUCCAACAGGUCCGGACGCAGUCUGGCCCGGUCACUAAGCAGCGGGAGGCUUAGAAGCUGCUUAACAUGCUCGUCUGCAAUUCGCCGGACGUUGGCGUAUCUUCUGGCUAGGAGGUCCCGAGCAGUCUGGUAGGCGUCGUCCGACAAUUUCAAGUGGCCGACGACGCCCAGGGCCUCCCCCUCCAGUGAGGCCAGGAGGUACGCCAUCUUUUGUCUCGGGGUCAAGUCACUCCGGGCGUCCACUAGGCUGUCGAAAAGACCAACGAAGGUCAGCCAUUCGGAAAGGACCCCGGAGAACUUUGGCAGGUCCAGAGUUGGGAGUCGUCCCAACAGCUCCGGCUGAAGCUGCUUCAGAGAGGACUCGGGCAGGUUACUCAUCCGAGCUUCACGCGCCUCCUCGGCAUACCUGCCUUCAGCCUCGAUCAACUCGUCCGUGAGCCACAAGAACUGCUCAUAGUCCGCAAAGCAAGAGUCCAGGACUCCCUUCUCCACAUCCGAAUCCUCGAGCUCAGCGUAAGCCUCCUCCACUGCGGCCCUUCGAGCAUCCACCUGCUCGAACCGCUUCAUCAAGUUAUGGACCCUAUCCGGUCGACCUAUCAAAGCAUGGGCGCUUGUGGCCCAGCGUAGCUCAGUCCGCAAACAACGGAUCAGUAGCUUGGGCGAUGUCAUCACUAUUAAAUACAAAUUACGACGCGGCUCGAGCACAAAUUAC